CCUCCGUCGAAGCUCAGAUCACAACGAUCACCGUCACGACCAAAUAGAGGCGAAGAUGGUGGCAGGAGAAGUAAAGAGGUUAGAGAUGAUGCAAAAUCUCUUCGGAGAUAACUCCGAGGAAGAAGAAGAAGAAGAAGAAGAGAUCGACUCCGAACAUGAGUCCAAUCCUCACCCCAACUAUCCUUCCGAUGAGGCUGAGGGAGGUGCGGAGCCUAGAGAAGAAGAAGCUGUAGUUGAAGUUCAAGUAGAGGCUGAGUCUGUGGGUGAACAGGGCGAUGCAGAGCUUAGUCAUGGAGAAAGCGAGGGUGAGAGGGAGCAAAGUUCACAUGAAGGUGAUGUUGCUGAUCAACACGAAGAGAGUGAAGAAGAAGAAGAAGGGGAUGAGGAGAGAGUAGCUGUGAAUAGGAGGCGUGAUGUUGUUGAAAGUGGAUCAGAGAGGUCUGGUGAAAGGCGUUAUGAGUCUGAAGAUGAAGAGGUUGAGCAGACUAGGAUUCAAAGAUCACCUAGUGAGGAGCAGGAAGAGGCUCCAGUUGCACAGUCAGAUGAUGUAAAUAUCCGUAAUGUGUUUGGAUCUUCUGAUGAUGAAGAAGAUGCAGAAGAAUAUGUUCGUAACGACAUUGAACCAGAUGAGCCUAGAUCGCCAGUGGAAGAUGAAGAGGGCUCUGAGAAGGAUCAGAGACCAGACGAGAUGGGCCUUGAUGAUAUGAUCCCUGAAGAGGAACCUCGUUACGAGUCAGAAGAUGAGCAUGUUGAAGCUAGGCACAGGGACAGGGACAGGGACAGGCCUGUUGGUCCUCCUAUGGAAGUAGGAGUUCCUUUCCGCCCUCCUCCUGGUGAUCCUGAAAAGAUGAAUAUGAUAAAAGUUUAUAAUAUAAUGGGAAUUGAUCCAAAGCCAUUUGAUGCCAAGACGUUUGUUGAAGAAGACACAUUUGAGAGAGAUGAACCUGGAGGGAAGAUGCGUAUUCGUCUGGCUAAUAACAUUGUCCGCCAUAGGUUUGUCAAGGGUCGAGAUGGUAGAACAUAUAGUGAGAGCAAUGCUCGUUUUGUGAGGUGGUCAGAUGGAAGCUUACAGCUAUUGAUAGGAAACGAAGUUCUUGAUAUAACUGAACAAGAUGCACGACAAGACCAGAAUCACCUUUUAGUCAAACAUGAAAAGGGAAUCCUUCAAUCACAAGGAAAAAUUAUGAAGAAAAUGAGGUUUAUUCCAUCAUCACUAACGUCGAACUCUCAUAGGCUUUUGACUGCGCUUGUUGACUCGAGGCAGAAGAAGGACUUCAAAGUUAAGAACUGUGUCACUCACAUUGACCCUGAGAGGGAGAAG